AAAUAACCAAACGAUCAUUCAUCGCUGCUGCUUCCUCUUCCUCUCACCCUCGACCGUUUCCGACGUGUGCCGCAGGGGUUUGCGAUUCGAAGCCGAACCCUGAAUUGGAGAUAGAGAGAGAAACACCAGUUUCUAGAGAGAGAAACACCCACUUCUCGCUCAUCUACAGAAUUAUAUUUUCGAUUCACUUGCUAUGGCCGCCACAGCUACUGCCACAGUGGGUCCGCGAUAUGCACCACCCGACCCGACUCUACCUAAACCAUGGAGGGGUCUUGUGGAUGGCAAGACUGGGUAUCUUUACUUUUGGAACCCUGAGACUAAUGUUACCCAGUAUGAGAGGCCUACAAGCUCCGCUGCCCCGCCAAAGUCUUCGGUGCCCAGUUCUUCUGUCCAGGUUCAACAAUCAUCUCAGCGUGCUCGCAGUCCGGAUUUGAAGGACAGGUAUGAUAGAAAUGGAGGUGGUGGGUCAAAUGACAGUGGAUCACGGAACCAUCAGAGUUCCAAAGAGGGAAGUUUUAGUUCUCAUCCAAAUGGAACACAUGCUACUGGAAAUGUUAGUUCUGUCAAAGAUCAAGGGGCAUCAGAUGCUGGAGCUGGACUAAGCCCAGAGUCUUAUCGGCGUCGGCAUGAAAUAACUGUUUCUGGAGAUAAUGUGCCGCCACCUUUUACAUCAUUUGGGUCCACUGGCUUACCACCGGAAAUUCUUAAAGAGGUACAAAAUGCUGGGUUCUCAGCCCCUACUCCAAUUCAGGCUCAGUCAUGGCCCAUUGCUCUUCAAAGCAGAGAUAUAGUUGCCAUUGCAAAAACAGGUUCAGGGAAAACUUUGGGAUAUUUAAUCCCAGCAUUUUUUCACCUCAAGCGUACUGGCAAUAACUCCAAAAUGGGUCCAACUGUUUUGGUACUUUCACCAACUAGAGAGUUGGCAACGCAAAUACAAGAUGAAGCUGUGAAGUUUGGGAAAUCAUCUAGAAUUUCUUGUGUGUGUUUGUAUGGAGGAGCACCAAAGGGUCCUCAGUUGAGAGAUAUUGAACGUGGAGCAGAUAUUGUGGUAGCCACUCCUGGUCGCUUGAAUGAUAUUCUUGAGAUGAGAAGAAUAAGUCUUCAUCAAAUCUCUUACCUUGUGCUAGAUGAGGCAGACAGAAUGCUUGACAUGGGUUUUGAACCUCAAAUUAGGAAGAUUGUGAAUGAGGUGCCUGCACGCAGGCAAACUCUCAUGUAUACUGCGACAUGGCCUAAGGAGGUUAGGAAAAUUGCAGCUGAUCUGCUGGUCAAUCCUGUUCAGGUUAACAUCGGAAAUGUAGAUGAGCUUGUUGCCAACAAAUCCAUUACCCAGCAUAUUGAAGUAUUGCCACCAACAGACAAACACCGUCGACUGGAGCAGAUUUUGCGGUCUCAGGAUCAAGGAUCCAAGAUAAUUAUUUUUUGUUCUACCAAGAAAAUGUGUGAUCAACUUGCUCGUAAUCUUACGCGCCAGUUUGGAGCUGCUGCUAUACACGGGGACAAAUCCCAGGCUGAGAGGGAUCAUGUGUUGAGUCAGUUUCGAACUGGGAGGUCUCCGGUGCUUGUAGCCACUGAUGUUGCAGCUCGAGGACUAGACAUUAAAGACAUUAGGGUGGUUGUCAACUAUGACUUUCCUACUGGAGUGGAAGAUUAUGUUCAUAGGAUUGGAAGGACUGGGAGGGCUGGAGCCACUGGUUUAGCUUACACUUUCUUUGCGGAGCAGGAUGCUAAAUAUGCUUCAGAUUUGAUCAAAGUCUUGGAAGGUGCAAACCAGCGUGUCCCGUCAGAACUUCGUGAUAUGUCAACACGGGGUGGUGGGAUGAACAGAUCCAGACGCUGGGGUUCAGGUGGACGGGGUGACUCUGGAUAUGGCGCAAGGAAUGACUCUGGAUAUGGUGGAAGAGGUAGUGAUUCUGGAUAUGGUGGAAGAGGUGGGUUUGGGACUGCUGCUUCUGGCAGGGGUGGAGGCCGUGGAUUUGACAAUGAUUCACAAAGGAAUGAUCGUGGUCGAAGUCCUGAGAGGGGUGGUUCUAGCUGGAGUGAUCGCUUCAAAAGUGGUGACCGCGAUCGUAGUCGUAGUCCUGACAGGGCUGCACCAUCUCAAAAUACUCAAUUCAGCUUUCACCAAGCAAUGAUGGAACGACGUGGAGGGGAUAGUGAUCGUAGUAAGAGCCUUAACCGUGACCGUAGUCGCAGUCCUGGUCCUCAUAAACAGGAGAGGGCCCCAGCAGUUCGUGAAGGUUACAGUUUUCAUGGAUCAAUGAUGGGACAAGGGCAGCGUGAUGACAGUCGUAAAUCUGCACGUAGUCCUCACCGAAGUUCACCAUCCUCCCCUGGUGGUGGUAGGUCUAACAAUAACCCUCAGAAAGGGUGGGGAGGAUCUCAUCCUUCUUACAAUGGAGAAGUGGAGGAAGGGAUGAUUCCUGAAGAAGGAAUGAUAUGUUAAGGAUUUGGCUAUCCCUGCCAUGAUGCGAUAUGUUAAGGUUUGCACAUGUUGAAGGUUAUUUUGCUCAAGGCAUUGCUGCUUGAACACAGGUAAUUUAGGAUAUGGUAGUGGAAUUCAUGGUAAAUGUAUAUUUUGUGGGGCUUAGCAGAAGCCUCAAAAUGGCAUAGGUGAAGAACCUAGUAUCGAAUAUGUUAUGUUUUUGUUAUUUUGGGAAAAGUCGAGUUUAUAUGGAACCUUUGCUAACUUUAUGUUUCCAGACAAUGAGGACUGAAAUUAAUCAGACACUAAAGUAUUUGUAUACUUUGUUUUGGGUAAAGAAAGUGGUGAACAAAUUUGACGCUCUUA